GAUCGAUGGCAAGCACUACCUGGCUGUAGCCAACUUCUACAACGAUGCUUCCCACAACAUCGAUUCCAAGAUCUACCAGUGGGAUGGCUCAUCGUUCGCAGAGUUUCAGAGCUUGGCAACACAUGGAGCCGUUGAUUGGGAAUCCUUCGUUAUCGAUGGCACGCACUACCUGGUUGUGGCCAACCGCAACAACGAUGCUUCCCACAACAUCGAUUCCAAGAUCUACAAGUGGGAUGGCUCAUUGUUUGCAGAGUUUCAGAGCUUGGCAACACAUGGAGCCUUUGAUUGGGAAUCCUUCGUUAUCGAUGGCACGCACUACCUGGUUGUGGCCAACCACUACAACGAUGCUUCCAGCAACAUCGAUUCCAAGAUCUACCAGUGGGAUGGCUCAUCGUUCGCAGAGUUUCAGAGCUUGGCAACACAUGGAGCUGUUGAUUGGGAAUCCUUCGUUAUCGAUGGCACGCACUACCUGGUUGUGGCCAACCACUACAACGAUGCUUCCAGCAACAUCGAUUCCAAGAUCUACAAGUGGGAUGGCUCAUCGUUCGCAGAGUUUCAGAGCUUGGCAACACAUGGAGCCCAUGGUUGGGAAUCCUUCGUUAUCGAUGGCACGCAGUACCUGGCUGUGGAAAACGCCUUCAACGAUGCUUCCCGCAACAUCGAUUCCAAGAUCUACCGGUGGGAUGGCUCAUCGUUCGCAGAGUUUCAGAGCUUGGCAACACAUGGAGCCCAUGGUUGGGAAUCCUUCGUUAUCGAUGGCAUGCACUACCUGGCUGUGGCCAACUACUACAACGAUGCUUCCCACAACAUCGAUUCCAAGAUCUACCAGUGGGAUGGCUCAUCGUUCGCAGAGUUUCAGAGCUUGGCAACACAUGGAGCCCAUGGUUGGGAAUCCUUCGUUAUCGAUGGCACGCACUACCUGGUUGUGGCCAACUAUUUUGAUGAUCGGUUCUCCUCAUGGUCCAUCUCUGGGCAAAGACUGGCGAGCCAACUGAGCCGCCCCAAGUUCUUGGGCGUCCCAACGCGGAUCAGGCUGAUCCGGCGCUCGACCUAUGUUCUGGCAUUGAACAUGAUCUUGGAGUCGGGGCUCUUGUACGUGACAGAAGCCUACCAGCGCUCGGCAUUGAUCGGCUUCAGCAAUGACUGCGGCUCCGGAAUUCUGCAGCCAGUGCUGGCAGAAAACUGUCCCAGUGAAACAGCAACGCUGGAGCUGCCCGAGUGCCAGUCUGGCCUAGGCCAGGGCGAGCUCUGCGAAGCGGAUUUUGAGGCCGCAGGGGCUAAUUGCCCAUUCAAGACGGAACUGGACAAUUGUGGCAAGUUCGACAUCUACACGAUGGAGACGCCUCGCUGCACUGACAUUGGAUGUUUUCCCUUGGCCACUGGCCUUUGGUUCUUUUCGCUUCUGUCGCUGGGCCUCACCAUCGCUUGGACUGCCGCCUUCUACACGCGCGCCAUGCAGAACCGGCUGGUUCUGCAGAAGCAGCUAUGGCGUUGGCGCGCUUGCGUUUUCAUGACGGCCCUGGGCAUCCUGAUGUUCAUCAUCUACAUGAUUGGAUUCGUGGGUGGAAGCAUCUCGGUCCUGGCGCAGGCUGUCCUGAAUCCAUUGCUUGUGCUGGCCGCUUGGGUUAUGGCUCUGGCUGUGGUCUUCACGCCAGGGGCGGCGAAAGAGGCCAAUGUGUCCAAAGCAGCCGCGAUGGAACUCCCAUUUUUCAACGCUCUGCUUGCAAUGUACUUGACGGGGGAUGAAGUUGAGGAGCUUCAAAAGAUGCGGGAACCUCUUAGCACUGGUCUGCGGCUCGUCGAGGACAUCCCGGAGCUUGUGAUCGGCGGCCUCGACUUGUUCUACUUCGGUGGUGAUGCUUGGUACGCCUGGCUGGGAAUCGGAUGCUCUUUCACAAUGAUUUUGUUUCACCUCUUCGUCGGGAUUCUUUUGACUUGCCGCCAAUCAGCCAUGUCAGUCGCCCGUAGGGGCCGCCAGCCCGACACAGAAUGA